AUGCCGCCUCGGCAACCAUGGCGGGGUCUUGUUGCGGUGGCGUGGGCCGUCGUGGCGUUUGGGAUAGCUGCCCUGGCGACUUCGAUCUCGGAGUACCGAAUCAGACUGUCCAACUACAAUGCGAAUCGUGACAUGCGUGGCCUCGAAAAGCUGUGUGAAUCCCUGUUGUCACGGAAGCUUGCCGAAUUGGACGGGCAGGUUCCCAGCGUGUACGAGUACCUCGGUGUGGCGCAAUACAACCUUGGCAGGUUAAAGGAAGCGACUGAGUCCUUUAAGAAGGCUGUAGUCCUCCAUCCCAACCAUGGACAAGUGUACAUGCAUCUAGGAGAUUGCUUCUUGAGCCAGUUCCUCGUCGAGGAUGCCAUCCGCGUGUUCGAAACCGCACUCGUGGACAAGAACCUCACGACCGACGUGAGCGUACUCUUCAAAGCUCGCAAUUGGGUGGCCAAUUGGACCGACCACGAUAUUGUCCAGGACGCUGUGGUCGACUCGACGACGUCGAACGUACUUCGCGGUGAAGCGUCGCUCGUGUCUGCAGCAGACCUUGGUGCCAUACCCAACGAUCUUACCCUUAAAGUAAGCCAGCUCGCCCUCCAUUCCAAGCCGAGCGCACUGGCCUUGUGCUGCGACUCGCCGCUUCCUCCAGCGACACCCAAGCUCAAAGUUGGCUUUGUCUCGUCCGAUUUUGGCAUCCACCCUGUCGCCACGCUCGUGAGGGGUCUCAUGGCGAUGCUUCCCUCGAAUACCAUUGAGGUCUUCUGCUUUGCACUUACAGAUGCCCAGUCAUGGUGGCGUACCAACAUCACGGGCCAAGUCGACCACAUGAUCUCCCUCAACGGCGUCAAUUAUGAAUCGGCUGCGUCGGCGAUUCACAACCUUGGCAUUCACGUGCUUGUCGACUUAAAUGGCCACACGCUACACUCUGGCUUGCCCAUAUUCAGCCAUCGCCCAGCUCCUGUGCAGAUGACCUUUCUUGGGUACCCCUUGACAACGGGCAGUUCCUUCAUCGACUUCUUCAUUGUGGACCCGAUGUCAGCGUCGCCUUUGCACGUACACGAGUCAUUUUCCGAGAAAAUGGUGUACCUGCCGCACAACUACAUCGUGAACGACCACAAACAAAUGAUGAGCCAUGUCGUGCAUCCUGGUGUCACCCGGCCCACGAGAUCUCAGGCCAAUUUGGCAGGGCUCCCUCGGUCGGCUUUCGUUUUUGCCACGUUUAGCAAUUGGCAGAAAAUGGACCCAACGACGUUUGCAACGUGGAUGCACAUCUUGCAGCGAGUGCCCCACAGCGUCUUGUGGUUCCAGCAAUACUCUGGAUAUGCAGCCGCCAAGAAAAACCUCGUUCGGCAAGCCAAGCAGUUUGGCAUCGAUGGCACCAGUCGCUUUAUCUUCACACCAAUGACGGCGUGGAUCAACCAUACUUGGGUGAAGCAAGCGGCGGACUUGGUGCUGGACACAGCGCUCAAGAAUGGCCACACGACUAUCGUGGAUGCGUUGUGGGCUGGGUUGCCACUCGUGACGCUCCAAGGGGACCGCAUGAGCAAUCGGGCGGCCAGUUCUGCCGUCGCGUCGAUGGGCGACCAUCGGCUGAAUGUUAUGACGACGAAUUCGUACAAGGAGUACGAAGACACUGCCGUGCGUUUAGCUCGACAUCCUCGCUUGCUGGCGUCCUUGCGACUGGCGUUGCAACGCCAAAGGAAUUCUGCCAUGCUCUUCGAUACGCGAUCAUUCGCCAUAGGGUUUGGCCGGAACUUGAUGGCCACGUGGGAGUGGCAGCGAGAGGCGUGGGCGAUGCUCGCAUCCGACUCGAUUUCCAAGAGCAUGCGCCACACACACACCACGGAUCUCCAUCGCAUGCAUGUGGUCAUCCCGUCGCAAUCGCGCCCCACGGCGCAGCCUUCCUCAGACGAAGAAGGAUCCAAGGACGACGACGAGGCGAAGGAGUCGCGAGAACCAAGUACUUCCGUCGAAGUCAGCACUGGCGAACCGCCAUUGCUUCUCCAUAUUGGCGGCCACGUACCUCGAGACGGAUGGACCGUGGUGAACAUUCAACGGCUCCGUCAUGUCGAUUUGGUGCGUGAAAUGAAAGAUUUGCACGGCAUCGGCGCCAACACCGUCACGGCGAUAUAUUCCUCGCACGCACUCGAGCACUGCGGCUACGGCGUGCAUGCUGCAGACGUGUCGGCAACGCUGGCUGAAUGGCAUCGCGUGCUCAAGGCGGGAGGCGCGCUGUUUCUAUCCGUGCCAGAUUUGUCCGUGCUCGCGAUGCUGUUUGUGGAUCCGACGCUGACACCCGGACAGCGCUUUCACGUCAUGCGCAUGAUGUACGGUGGCCAAACGGACGGCCACGACUUCCACAAGACUGGGUUUGACCGUGUCAUCUUGGACUCGUUUCUCACCGAGGCAGGAUUUUGCAACGUCACACGAGUCAAGUCGUUCGGAUUGUUUCAAGACACAAGCGAUCUGGUGUUCCAUGGGAAGUCCAUCAGCUUGAAUGUAGUUGCCAAGGCUUGCAAGCGUGGCCAGGUGCCCAUUUCAGUCAACCUGCCCGCCACGUCCCCUGCUUGACAAAUCCCUUCUCGCUGACUAGCUUGUGCGCUACAACUCGACAUGGAUCUGCAUGUCGUGACGUCUCCUGCCGAAACUCGAACGCAACGUUGCUC